AUGAGGUUGAGCAGUCGUUUCGCCGCAUUGCUGGCAUGUGCCUGGGAGUUGGGUGCUCCCGUCCAGGCACAAUCUGCAGAGCCCAGCAAUACCACUCAUCUAGCAUUCUUUCCUGGUCUACUCCAACCUGAGACGACAUCGGCGAGAGCGUACUGUCCGUCAUCAUGCGCUGCCUCCGGGCCGACCAGUUUCUCUUGGUCCAGAAUUCUCUCGAUAGAGGAGCUGGGUCGAUGUGACCAGACUAUCAUCUUCGAAGCCAUGCUGCGAUUCCCUCUGGACGCGCCAGGCAGGCAACUGGUCCUCAAGGCAUGCACCUCGAGUGCCACGGAUGCCGAACCGGCCUCGAGCAAGUACGGGCCAGUCGCACUCGCCAACGCCGACGUGGUCAACGCAACAGCCCACUUCCAGACCGGCUGGAGUGGUCCGCCAGCGUCUCAACUAGCUGUCACCCAGAUUGCCGAAUCUGCACUGAAGCUCCAGCACCAGAUCGCACUUGACCCCAACAACCGCUUGACAGCCAUCUUUGCCAAGUCUGGCAAGACUGUUGUCGGGCUUUAUGCUGGUGGUCAGGUCCACAAAUCCUCGGUCUCGUCCCUCAUGGACGCGUUCAUACAUCGUGUCAACGACGCCAAACAGGAUGUGCCUUCGCGCCUGGCAAUGCAAGUCUGCGGCCCGACCGGCGAGCGCUCGGCGGCCCACGUCUUCGGAAUGGUGGCUGAUGCCGAUGGAGAUCUGCGGAGUGUCCACAAGGCCAUCAGCGGCUGGGCAGACGGCGAGUGCAUGGAGGGCUUCGACGGCAGCAGCACGGUUCAGAACCAGACGAUGGUGCUCAUCCCUGCCGUCCCGCUCACACAAGACUCGACCACAAACUUGCCCUCGAACCAGACACAGACCAACAACACAUCAUCAUUGCUGGCUGAACCCUCAAUAGUCAUGGCCGGAAACGAGUGCAAGUAUACCAUGGUCGAGUCGGGUGAUACUUGCCCCGGUAUUGCGAGCCGCUGCAGCAUCUCCCUGGCGAAGCUCGUGGAGUACAAUGGUGGCGACCAGACGGCGUUCUGCAACAACUUGAUGCCCAAGACCGCCGUGUGCUGCUCUACAGGUGACAAGCCAGAUCUCAAACCGAAACCACAAGAAAACGGAGACUGCGCCGUGCAUGAAGUGCAGAAAGACGACGGGUGCUGGGCGAUUGCCGACAAAUAUCAUCUAACCCAGGAAGAGAUCCACAAGCUCAAUGUCGGCAAGACUUGGGGCUGGGCUGGGUGUGGCCAGCUGCUGGCUGACCAGAAGAUCUGUAUCAGUGACGGGAGACCCCCGAUGCCAAACCAGGUUCAGAAUGUCACCUGUGGCCCACAGGUGAUAGGAACCGAGAGGCCUGAUGAUGGGACAGACAUCAAGGAUCUCAACCCGUGCCCCCUGAAAGUCUGCUGCUCAGGAUGGGGCUAUUGUGGUCUGACCGAUGAGUUCUGUACCGAUACGAGUAUCGACGACACUCCAGGUACGCAUGAACCGAACACAAAUGGCUGUAUCUCCAACUGUGGCAAAAUCGAGAUCACCAACAACGACACUCCUCCUGAGAACUUUAUACGGGUUGGCUAUUUCGAGGCCUGGAAUGGCGACCGUCCUUGCCUGAAUAUGGACGUCACCGAGGUUAAGGAUCCAAUCACACAUAUCCACUUUGCUUUCGGCCACAUAAGCAAUGAUUUUGUUCCCAGUACCGAUGCUACUGUUACAGAACAGUGGGUGAAGUUUCUGGCGAUGACAGGCCCGAAGAAAAUCAUAUCGUUUGGAGGGUGGGCGUUCUCCAACGAGCCGGGAACAUCACAUAUCAUGCGUCAGGGUGUCAUGCCCGCGAACAGGCAGAAGUUCGCUGACAACAUUAUCAAGUUUGUGAACGACAAUAAACUUGACGGUGUCGACUUCGACUGGGAGUACCCCGGAGCCGAUGAUAUUGAAGGAUCUGACCCUGGAACGAAGGAGGAUGGUGCGAACUAUCUGAAGUUCCUUACACUCGUUCGUAAUGGCCUGCCAAAGGAGAAGUCGGUAGCUAUUGCGGCUCCCGCAUCUUACUGGUACCUGCGCCACUUCCCCAUCGCCGCCAUGUCCAAAAUUUUGACCUACAUCGUCUACAUGACGUAUGAUUUGCAUGGUCAAUGGGACGCCGGCAGUAAAUGGGCUAGUACCGGUUGUGCCAAUGGAGAUUGUUUACGUUCACAUGUCAACAUCACGGAAACGAUCAACUCUCUGGCCAUGAUCACCAGAGCCGGAGUCCCCUCUAACAAGGUCAUAGUCGGCAUUACGAGCUACGGUCGUAGUUUCAAGAUGGCUGACCCCAAUUGCUGGGGCCCAUCUUGUCUGUACCUCGGAGCACGCAACGACUCGCCCGCUCAACCCGGAAAGUGCACGAAUACAGGGGGUUACAUCGCAAAUGGCGAGAUUGAGGAAAUCAUCAAGAGCAAGGCCGCGCCGUUCAAGCAGAUCUUUGACGAAGCGUCCGACUCAGAUAUCCUCAUUUACAACAAUGUCGAAUACGUAGGCUAUAUGAGUCAGGAGACCAAGGACCGGCGUGUCGCACGAUACAAGGGGCUUAAUUUUGGCGGCGCCACGGACUGGGCUGUCGACCUC